AUAAUGUCAAGUGCAUGUCAAGUGUCAAAAAGACAUGAAUUUUGAGGUUAUAUUUCGCCCCAUUAUUUUUUAAUAUUGGUAUUAUACAUUAACAGUAAUUUUAAUAAACAUUAUAUUAUUGCACUAAACUACGGUUUAUAUUUCUUCUAUCUCAUUAUUUUUAUUGUAAGUAAUGCGUGACGUGCGUGACAUUGCUGUCUAUAACCUCAAAAAAGUUUUCUAUUUCUUGAUAAUUUAAUUCAUAAUUCUUUAAUAAAAAUGGAAGUUGGUGCAGUAAAACAAGCAUUCAAUAAUGAGAUAAUACUUCUCAAAAAGAAUCUAAAUCAAGCCAAAAUACAAAUUAUACACAAGCUUACAAGAAAAGCAAAGACUUUUACAGAGAAGAAAGUGCCCGAGCCUCUGAAAGAAAAACUAAAAAGAAAAGCUGAGUCAGCAGUUAAAGAAGUAUUGAUUAUUAAGAAAAUUAAAGCACGGGACAUCGCAAGGUUUAUUGUAACACAUACUGGAAAAUUAAACGAUUAUCUAAACAAGCCAAUAGUUGAUAACAACAAAGCAUGUGCCAGGUUACUCCUUCACAAGGCUUUAAAACACAAAUAUAAACACAUAAGAGAAACAUUUUUAGACAUAUCAAUAAAGGACCUGUUUAUGUCAAGGCAAGAAAGAAGAAAGCUAAAGAAGGAAGCAAGAGAAAAACAAAAGAAUAAAAAGAAAGGAAAGGACAAGAAAGAUAAAUCUGAUGCUGUCAAUGUUGAAGGGGAAUGGGAUGUUGAAAUGACUGAUGAUAAAAAUGUCACGCCUAGAGAUGAUACAAUAGCGUCUGAUGAUGAUUUAAGAUUAGGAAAUGAUAAAUCUGAUGGUGAUAGUAACAAAUCUGAUGAUGAAAUGGAUAAUUCUAAUGAAGAAAAUGACAAAUCUGAUACCAAGAGUGAUGAUGAUGGUGAUGAAAUUGAAAUUUGUGAUGAAUCUGAAGCUGAACAGUCAUCUGAUAGUGAUGAUUCAAAUAAGAAAGUUAAAAAUAUUGAUAAACGUAAACCUUUAGUUUUGAAGACAAAUGACAGUGACAUUGAAAGUAGUAGUGAAAAAUCAAUUGAAUUAGUUACUCCAAAAAGCAAAACAGGAAUACCAAGAAAAGUUAAAAAUUCUAAUUCUUCUAAAGGAACUGAUAAAAAUGGAGAUUUGAAUGACAUAGAAAAUAUCACAAGUAAAGUGGAAACAACGAAAACGAAUUUGAAUAAAAAAGAUAACUUAUUGAAUAAAAUUAAUAAUUCAAAUUCAAAUAAAGCAGUAAAAAAAGAAGAUAGUUCAAUAGUAAAUGUAAAAAAUAAGAAGUUUGAUAAAAAAGAUAAUAUUAACAAAAAUAAGAACCUAAAACACAAACUUGAAAAUAGAAACUUCCAUAAAAAAAUUGAUGAGACACCAAAUGAAGCUACAAAAAUGGUAGAUCCAUUUUUUAUUACAUCUACAGGAGAAAAUUAUAUGUCCCUUGUUGAACCUAGACAACCAGACGAAGUUAAAGAAGUCCAUAGACAAGGUAAUAGACAAUAUAGAAGAGCUGUUAUGUUUGGACAUGUUCCCAGAGCAAAACCAAAAAGGAAUUUUGAACCAAGAAAUAACAAUUUUAACAAAAAUAGCUCAGAAAUGGAUAAUAAUAAAUUUAACAAAAAUAACAAGAAUUUCGAUAAAAAAGAAAAUUUUAAUAAAAAAUCUGAUAGAAGUAAUUUUAAAGAUAAUUCAGUCCCAGAAAAAUUGCAUCCAUCAUGGGAGGCGAAGAAAAAGCAAUCUGGUAUAUUACCUUACCAAGGUAAAAAAAUUGUGUUUGAUGAAAGCUAAUGAAUGUAAAUUAAAUUAUUAUUUUAUUAGA